CCGCGUGACGCCCUGAGGUGGCAGCACGGUCCGGAUUUGGUGCUUUCUCGGACUCCUGCGUCGGGGUCCUGGUUCCGGUCCGGGUUUUGAGUCCGGGACGGGCCCUGAGUGAGUCUGUGAUGGUCCGGCCGGUUUGAGCCUGCUCCUUCUGGUUCGCUCUGCGCCUCCCAAACUUUUCCACCGCGCGGCUGCUAGCUGCUAGCUUUCCUCCAUCCGCGGCGUGUUUCUGGUCCGUCGGAACUUUUGUCCUCGGAGUUGGUGUUUCUGUGUGAACCGACCCAGAAUCUGAGCUCACUUCCGGGGUUUAAGGCUAGCCCUUAGCAGCUAGCUGCGAUGCCGGCGAUGCUGGAGGCUCCGGGGAAGAGAAGAGGCCGAGCACCGGCCGGAGGAGGCGGCAGCGGCCCCGGAGUGGCGGGUCCGCCCGGGAAGAACCUGUCCGGUAAUGGAACUACCGCCGCUGGCUGCUGGGACGAGGGAAGUUCCGGAUCUAGCAGCGACGAGGAGCACGGCGGAGGAGGGAUGCGGGUCGGACCGCAGUACCAGGCUGUGGUUCCGGACUUUGACCCGGAUGUGGCCCAGGCAGCUCAGCUCAGAGAGAACUUGGGAAUGUUGGUCUGGAUCCCAAACAGCUGCCUGAACCAGACCCAGUUGGAUGAGUAUAUUGUCAUCGCUAAAGAGAAACAUGGAUACAACAUGGAGCAGGCCCUGGGAAUGCUCUUCUGGCACAAACACAAUGUGGAGAAGUCUCUGGCCGACCUGCCCAACUUCACACCGUUUCCUGACGAAUGGACGGUGGAGGACCGAGUGCUGUUCGAACAGGCGUUCAGCUUCCACGGCAAGAGCUUCCACCGCAUCCAGCAGAUGUUACCGGACAAGUCCAUGGCCAGUCUGGUUCGGUUUUAUUACUCGUGGAAGAAAAGUCGCAGUAAAACGAGUCUGAUGGAUCGACAGAGCCGCAAACAGAAGCGAGAGAAGGACGACAGUGAUGAUGAUGGUGAAGAAGGGAACCUGAACCCUCCGAGUGACUCUGAAUUCGAUCCAAAUAAAGAGGACAAAAAGGAGGUGAGCUCUGGGUCUCUGAGGUCGGAGGUGAAACCAACAUCUGGACUGAAGACAGGUGGGAAGGCGUCCCAGCGGAUGAAGAAACGUCCUCCCAGAGGAAUGUUUCUAAACCAGCAGGACAUUGUUUCGCUGUCGUCCUCGUCUGCUCAGGGCCUCAUCAGACACCUGGACAGCCAGCUGGUAUCCAUCAAGAGACAGAUUCAGACCAUCAAACAGACCAACAGCACUUUGAAAGAGAAGCUCAGCUCAGGAAUCCAGGAGUUCAAGCUGUCUGAGAUGACUCAGAAGUUGAACAACCGCUGGAGCACAGACGAGCAGCUGCUGGCCGUACAAGCCAUAAGGAAGUAUGGGCGGGACUUCCAGGCCAUCUCGGACGUGAUUGGCAACAAGUCGGUGGUCCAGGUGAAGAACUUCCUGGUGAACUACAGGCGGAGGUUCAACCUGGACGAGGUGCUUCAGGAGUGGGAGGCGGAGCACGGGAUGGAGGCGGGACAAGGGGGAGACGGCGCAGACGGAGGAGACGGAGGAGGAGAAGACGACAAAAUGGAGUCAUUCCCGUCGGAGGACGAUGAAACGACGGCGAAGCAGACGGAGGACUCGUCCUCGCCACUGGCCUCAUGAGACUCCGCCCCCUGACCUGUUACCCUGAUGACAGACCCCACCCCUUUUUAUGAUGUCAUUUCCUCAAUGGUGUGUUUUUAUUGUACGGGGCCACUAUGAAGUGACUGUCUCGGCUCUCCCUGGACCAAUCAGGAGUCAGAUCUGACUGAAAGAGGGGGAGGAGUGCGAUUGGUUUUAUUUGCUUUUUACUUCCUGUGUGUGUGUGUGUGUGUGUGCGUGUGCGUCUGUGUGUGUGUGUGUGUGUGUGUGUGUGUGUGUGUUGGGGGAGGGGCUUAAAGUGAAGCAGCCAUGUUGGAUGAUGUUGCUCUGACACAAUGACGCGUCAUCCUCUUUUUUUUUGUUCGUUUUUUUUUUUAGACCAACUAAUAAAACCAAAG